UCCUCCAAUCCCUCCUGUUCCUUCUCUCUCAUACACUUCGACACAUUGAACAGAACUGCUCACCACAAAGGACACAAUGUGGUUUGCUGUGUUUUACAUAUGGGGAACCAUCUUGGCAUUUUCUGUAUGUGACAUCUGCCCAGAAACCUCUGAGGAUGCUGCUUCAUGGGUAGAACUGAAGCCCCAGGGACACUGCGGGGACGAGGAAGACUUCUGCCCUUAUCGGCUCACCCUCCCUGCUCUCUCCAUCCAGCUGCCCAGGCCUUUUAGGGAGCUGGAAGAAAUGGCUAAGGAGCUGCAGAACCUAAAGGAAGUUGUGAACCAGCUAAGGAGAGACUGCCAAGAAUGUAAGGACAGGCACAGUGAUGGGAGGGGUGGAUGGACAGACCAUAGGGACGAAGAGGAAGGGAGACAUCAAAGUUUACGGCAUAACAUCAGUAUCAAGAACACACAAAGUCUUGAUGGAGAAAAAGUUGCUCAAAUCUUCUCUUCAACCUUACCACAGGGAGACACAUCAGAAAGUGAAGGAACCAUCAAGGGGUCUGAGAAAAGGCCCAAUCAUUCGAUUCUGGAAGUUCGGGAAUGGGAUAUUAAUCCGAGGAUUGAUCUAAACCAAGGUACAACAGAUCGAACAUCGGAGAUGAAUAGAAAUGUAAAAAUAUUUAACCCCUUACUUGAUGAGGUACCUGAGGAUAUUUCAAAGGUGCCUACACCUGUAGGGACAGAAAAGGAACUAAAGCGCAGUGGAUUAGCAGAACCGUCCCUUCCCAUGAAAAAGGAUGAUAUACAAUUUGUAACUCAUGUGAAACAGCAGCCAAAUGUUCUCAGGGAUGGACAUUCAGGGAACAUAAGUGACAUUCUGACAUUGAGAAGAAGAGUGCAGAAUGCGCCUGAUCCAGAUGGAUUAAGAGAUCCUAACAUAAGGACAUCAGAUUUAAGCACAUCAGCAGGGAACAGAAGAGUUCUAAACUUUUCUGGAGCAGGUAGACCAUUGAGGCCAAGGGGUUCCUACAUAAACAGUAGAGUUGUCAAAGUUAACAAUGGAGACAGAUUGAAGAACCCUGCUGUCAUGAGAAAAACUAAUCCACAAGUUGAGGAAACGAUGGAUACGAUUCAGCCAGAAGAGGCUGGCUUUUCUCCAGCGAGGAGUGGCAUUAUGCGGGUAAAGGAAACCAAUCCUCAUAUAGCAAACACAAAAUCUGGGACAAUCAGAGGAUCAAGUCCAUCAACAGAUGACCAAAACAAACAAGACUUCAGUAGGGUUUCUGGUCCCAAAACAGACGAUAAACAUGUAAGCCAAGUAACUAUAGUUAGAGAAGACAAUUCAAGAAACAUAAACAUGACUGAGAUUACAAGACUCCCAACAAAUCUGAGGAAAGAAAAACAAGGUAAUGUGAGCCACACAGACACAAUUAAAUCGUUCUCCAGCAUUAUGAAUCAAGCCGAACAGCCAAACACAGUUAAAGAGGAAGAGAAGCACAUUGGACUGAGUGAAAGUCUGGUAAUUAUUAGUAGCUCCGCUGUGAAUAGAGAGGACUUGCCUUCCCAGGAAGACAGCCCCACUGGUGUAACACCUAUUGUAGGAAGGGAUGAAAUCAAACACAUCCCACAGGUGAUAACAUCAAAUGUACUGGAUAAUCAUCGGUUGAAAAACAACAUUACAGAACCAAAAUCACAACCAGAAUCUCAAAAUGCAGGUGACUUCAGAGAUUUGGAUAAGGUUCAAGAAGCUAUGAACAGAGCUGAAGACAACAGUGAGAUUUUGUUGAUCUCAAAUCAUGAGAACCAUUCACAGGAUCCUAACACAAUGCAAAGUGGCACAAGAAAUUCACCAGCUGGAGAAAAAGAAAGAUCGAUCAUUAGUUUGGGAGGUGCAAAUAGUAAUGGUCAAAACCCAUCUGAAGGGGACAAAAUCAGCAGUGGGAAAAAAAGGCCAACUGCAUCCACCUUAAAGAAAGAGUUACCUAAGAAACCAGGUGCAUCUCUGUUUAUAACAUCGACUGACUCUUUUACGGACACAGAGCAUGGAGACAGUACGAAAAAUAUUCACAUAGUGACAAACACACAUGUUGAAACCUCUAAAAAUCUCAGUCGGGAUACACCCAGAAGUUUUGAAAAUACUGGACCGGCACCAAAUGUGAGGUCAACUGUAUUACAUAAUAAUUGGUUAAAAAACAACAAUACAGAGUCAAAGUCCCCUUCAAUCUCUCAAAACGCAGCUAAUGUGCAAGAUUUGGCUAAACUUCAACAAGGUAAAACACAAGUUAGAGACAAUAGUGAAGCUGUGUUGAUUUUUAACACUGAAAACAGAGAAGAGGAUACAAACAUACAGCAAAGUGAAGGAUCUAAUUCACCUACUGGCAAAAAAGAACGCAAAACAUUUAGUUUGGGAACAGCUGAUAAAGUGGAUAAGAAGAAAAAAGGGCCAAACGCACCCACCUUGAAGAAGAAAGAGUUAUUUAAGGAACCAGGAACAACACAAUUCACAAACUCAACAGUUUCUUUUACAGACACACGCCACAGAGACAGUACAAAAAACAAUGGUUCAGUGACAAAUGCACAUGUUGAAAUGCCUAAAAACGUCAGUCGGGACACACCCAUUAGUUUUGAAAGUAUAGGAGCAACAAAAGAACUGGAACAUAUUAAGCUUAAUAAAGACAGAGUAGAUGAAAUCCCUGGAGAUGUAUUAUCUAACCCAAACACUGUGGACACAGCCAAUAGUUAUAGUGGAGGGAAGUUUGCAAUACCAGUUGUUUUGGAAACGCUUACAAAUACUGAAGAAAUCAAGGGCUCAAAACUUUUCUCACUUAGCCCUGAGGACACAGCUGAGGGAUUUAAAUCCCAUGCAGUCAGCGAUGAGGUAACAGAGAGAGAGAAAGCAGAAAACAAAGUCCACAGCACCUGCCUUGGUAAUUGUAACACUACAUCAACUCCACACUCACAACCCAGUACAAGCCAGACCAGGACUCCAUUGGCAUAUGGAAGAGAAAAAGGACCUGCUCAAGACUGCGCUGAUCACAUUACAAAAUCUCAAAGGAAUGGUGUAUACAGAGUAACGCCGCAACCAAAAAACACAUUUCCUGUUUUCUGCGACAUGGCGUCCUCGGGUGGAGGUUGGACGUUGAUUCAACAUCGCUUUGAUGGUAGCACAAGUUUUAAUCGCACAUGGGACGAGUACAAGAAUGGAUUUGGGAAACUAAUAGGAGAGUUCUGGCUUGGCAAUGACAAGAUUCACUUGCUGACAAAGGCGAAAAACAUGUCCUUGCGAAUUGAAAUCGAAGAUUUCGAAGGGAUCAGAGAAUACGCCCAAUAUGACCACUUCUACGUAGCAAAUGAGAGCCAACAAUACCGCCUGUCCAUAGAUGGCUACUCGGGUACAGCUGGCAAUGCCAUGCAAUUUAGCAAAAAGUACAACCAUGACCAGAAGUUCUUCACCACUCCGGACAGAGACAAUGACCAGUAUCCCUCAGGAAACUGUGGAGCCUAUUACAGCUCAGGCUGGUGGUUUGAUGCAUGCAUGUCUGCAAACUUAAAUGGGAAAUAUUAUCAAUCAAAGUACAAAGGGGUACGUAAUGGAAUAUUUUGGGGUACGUGGCACAACAUUAACAUGGAAUAUUACCCAACUAAUGAAAGACAAUCUUUUAGGACUGUUAGAAUGAUGAUUAGACCAAAAAACUACUCCAACUAAUACUAAUACCAAACAGAACUAAAUUAAGCUGUCUUUUGAAUUCAUAAACUGCUGCAUUAAUACCAGAUUUCAGUGUGGUGUCAGAAAAUUGGUUUAGUAACUAUGUUGUUUAAUAAACUGUAAACAUAAGCAUUGAUUUACAAAACUUAGCACUUUUGUGAUGCUUUGAAAAUAAUGUAGUGCAUAAGCAAUGAAAAUAUGCCAUUUACAGGUUCAGCUGUUAUUUUGUAUAUUGUAUUUUUGUAAGUCUGGGGCAAUCCAUGGCUGUUUACACGGAUAUAUGCUCUUUUUUUCCCAAUGCAAAUGUUUUACGUUAAAUAAAAGCAUCUGUAAUUUUGUU